AUGGACAACGCCACGUACCGUGCGGCCUUUGGCGCCGUGAUGCCGCUGUUCCGCAACUUUACCGUCACCGUGGACGACGUGUUUGAGGACGAGGCCGACAACAAGGUCGCGAUGUGGGUGCGGUCGACGGCCGACACGCCCCUCGGCCCGUACCAGAAUGAAUAUGUCAUGAUGUUCAACUUCACGCCCGAUGGCAGCAAGAUCGUGCGCGUGCGCGAAUUCGUCGACAGUGCAUCCAGUGGCAAAUUCUUCGCUCGCCUCGCCGAGAUGGCCGAGGCGGAGGGGAACCCCUGGAACGGGGCCGCCGCCGUAUGGAAGGCAUCUCCCAGUGGUAUAGGCAAGAGCUCCAAGGAGAAUCUUUAG